AUGAAAUUGAGCGUUGUAGUCUUCUGCGUUCUGGUGGCAUGCGUGACGGCAUUAGCGAUCGAGCGAGGGCCGUUGCUAUCCGCUUUGCAAAUACGGGGAGACAAAUACGGACCUUCAACUUCGGUCGAGUCCAGGCAGAAGAGGAGUCUUGGUUUACUAGGCGUCGGAGCUCUUGGCGCUGGCGUUCUGGGCGCUGGGGCCCUUGGAGCCGGUAUUAUUGGCGCUAAAGCCCUUGGGGCGGGUUUCGUUGGAGGCGCUCUAGCUUCCGGUGCGUUACAUGGGCACGGAAGAAGCUAUGGCGGUUACGGCGGCUACUACGGCAGCAGAUACGGCCACGGGUACGGAGGUUAUGGCGGCUAUGGAAGCUACGGCGGUUAUGGCGGUUACAGCGGCUAUGGCCACGGUGGCUACGGG